AUGAAGCAACUCGUAUCUCAAGAUGCACCCAAAAAGAUCAAACACAUCCAGUUCGGCGUGCUGUCCAAGCAGGACAUUGUCAACAUGUCCGAGAUCGAAGUCACCACUCGGGAUCUUUACACAAUUGGCGAGUCGGAACGCAAACCUGUCGCAAAUGGUACUCUUGAUCGACGUUUGGGCGUGUCGGACAAAAACUCGUUGUGCGAGACGUGCCACCUCAAGAUGGCUGACUGUGUAGGCCACUACGGUUACAUCAAGCUAGUCCUUCCUGUCUUUCAUGUCGGCUUCUUUAAACAUACCGUUGCCAUCCUGCAAAGCAUAUGCAAGAACUGCGCCACUGUCCUUCUCGAAGAGCCCGAUCGUCGAAAGUUUCUCAAACGUUUCCGCCGUCCAAACCUCGAGAAUCUCGAUCGCACCCGUACCUUCAAGGCAGUCAACACCAUCGCACGCAAGGUGCUCUACUGCCCCAAAUGCGGCUACACCAAUGGCACCGUCAAGAAGCAAGGUCAGCUCAAGAUUGUCCACGAAAAGUUCCGCGCCAAGAAGACCGCAGCAGAGCACGACGAGUUCAAGGCCUCGUUUGCCACCAACAUCAAGAUGGGCAAUGGCGACAUCUCGCCCCAUCUCAACAAAGCGCAAGAGGAUCUCAACCCGCUCAAGGCGCUCGACCUUUUCAAGCGCAUCUCGGACGAAGACUGCGAGCUGCUCGGCCUGCGUCCUGAAUUCGGUCGACCAGAGGAAUACAUCUGGCAGUACAUUUGCGUGCCACCCGUCUGCAUCCGCCCUUCCGUCGCCCAAGACGGUGCGACCAACGAAGACGACGUCACCAUCAAACUCACCGAAAUCAUCUUCACCAACAGUCUGCUCAAGCUCGGUCUAGUCAAGGGCGGUAAAGGAACGACGACCAGUCAACUCGUACAGCAAUGGGAGUUUCUCCAACUCACCGUCGCCCUCUACAUCAACUCGGAGCUGCCAGGUGUCCCCACUCAGCCAGGUCAAAAACCAAGUCGUGGCUUCUGCCAACGUCUCAAGGGCAAACAGGGUCGCUUCCGCGGUAACUUGUCCGGCAAGCGUGUCGACUUUUCCGGUCGAACCGUCAUCGGCCCGGACCCCAACCUCAAGAUCGACGAAGUCGCCGUGCCACAGAGGGUGGCCAAGAUUCUCACCUACCCGGAACGCGUCUUUCAACACAACAUCGAACAGUUGCGGCAGGCCGUUCGCAACGGUACCGACAUUCAUCCAGGCGCAAACUAUCUCAUGGACGGCAAAACGGGCUUCAAGCGCUUCCUCAAGUUCCCAGGAAUGCGCGAGGAACUUGCAGAAAAACUGCGCGUCGGUGAUGUCGUCGAGCGUCACAUCCGUGAUGGUGACAUUGUCCUUUUCAAUCGACAGCCCUCGCUUCACAAACUUUCCAUCAUGUCACACAGAGCCAAAAUCCGUCCGUGGCGUACGUUCCGCCUGAACGAGUGUGCAUGCAACCCGUACAAUGCCGACUUUGACGGAGACGAGAUGAACAUGCACGUUCCUCAGACCGAGGAGGCCAGAACCGAAGCUACGGUCCUCAUGGGUGUCAAGCACAACUUGGUCACUCCGCGAAACGGAGAGCCCAUCAUCGCUGCUAUCCAGGACUUCAUCACUGCUUCCUACCUCAUCUCGAAACGCGAUCGCUUCUUUGAUCGAGCCCAAUUCUCGCAGAUCUGCAGCUACUUUUCCGACGCCGAUUUGCAUAUUGAUAUUCCCCCGCCGGCCAUCAUGAAGCCCGUUCGACUGUGGACGGGCAAGCAGGUCAUGUCGUGCCUCAUCCGUCCUAACCGCAAGAGUCCACACCUCGUCAACCUCGAGGCGCAAUGCCGAACGUUUGAAAAGCCCACCGGCGGUCAUCCAAAGGACAUGUCGCCCAACGACGGUUGGCUCGUCAUCGUCAACAGUCAAGUCAUGUGCGGUGUCUUUGACAAGUCAACCGUCGGUGACGGCAAGAAGAACUCGGUGUUUGGUGUUAUGCUGCGCGACUAUGGUCCUGACGCGGCCAUCACCGCGAUGAACAGGCUCGCCAAGACAUGUGCGCGCUGGCUUGCAAAUCAAGGAUUCUCGCUCGGUAUCAACGAUGUGAUCCCCGGGCCGAAGCUGCGCAUGAACAAGGAUGCCAAGGUUGAGGCUGCCUACGCCGAAUGUCUCGACCUGAUCGAAAAGGCCAAGUACGGCAAGCUGGAGAAUCUUCCUGGUUGCGACCAGGAGCAGACGCUUGAAAACAUGAUCUCUGGUGUGCUCUCUGGUGUUCGAAGCGACGUCGGUGAGAUCUGCAUGACCGAACUGAGCCGUCACAAUGCACCGUUGGUCAUGGCCGUCUGUGGUUCCAAGGGUUCCAAGAUCAACGUGGCGCAGAUGGUGGCUUGUGUAGGACAGCAGAUCAUCGCUGGUUCACGUGUGCCCAACGGCUUCCAAGAUCGAUCAUUGCCGCACUUUGCCAAGAAGUCCAAGGAUCCACCCUCCAAGGGAUUUGUGCGCAACUCGUUCUUCAGCGGUCUCACUCCUACCGAGUUUCUCUUCCACGCCAUCUCGGGUCGAGAAGGUCUGGUAGAUACCGCCGUGAAAACUGCAGAGACAGGAUACAUGCAGCGUCGUCUCAUGAAGGCGCUCGAGGAUCUGUCUACACACUACGACCUCAGUGUUCGCAACUCGGUGGGCGGUGUUGUGCAGUUUAUCUACGGAGACGACGGUCUGGACCCCGCCGAGCUCGAAGGCAACGCUAUGCCUAUCGAGCCUUUCCGCCUGUGGCGUCACUGUCUGGCCAUCACGCAUCACGUUGCUGGACGUGGUCUGUUGCCGUACGAGAUCAUGGAAGUGGUCAAGCGCGAGCUCAGCAGCGAUCGAUUUGUCAAGACGUGCACGCAAAAGUAUCGUGACUCGGUGUACGAGUUUCUGUACGAGAAUGUGUACCAGCGCGCCAUCAAGAUGCGCGAGGCGUUUGGCAUGUAUGGUGCUGAUUCGCGCGAGGAGCACUGGGACGAACAGACGGAUCUCUCGUUGGGCGCUGAUCGCGCGCAAUGGGCGAUCGUCAACAACAAGACCAAGAUCAAAGAGGUGGCCGUUCUCGCAUUCCUCGAGCAGUGCUACAUCAAGUACAUGAAAGCCAAGAUUGAGCCCGGCUCUGCUGUUGGUGCUGUCGGUGCGCAGUCGAUCGGUGAGCCAGGAACGCAGAUGACGCUCAAGACCUUCCACUUUGCCGGUGUUGCCUCGAUGAACGUAACACUGGGUGUGCCGCGUAUCAAGGAGAUCAUCAACGCAGCCAAGGUGAUCAACACUCCGAUUAUCGAAGCCAAGCUGGUGUCGGAAAAGUCGGAGCGUGCAGCGCGAAUUGUCAAGGGGCGUAUUGAAAAGACGUAUCUGGGCGACAUUGCCUCUGUGAUCGAGGAAGCGUGGGCGGCGCAGUACACGUACUUGGGUGUGCACAUUGACAUGGAAGCGAUCCAGAAGCUGCAGCUCGAGAUUACUCUGAACGACAUCAAGUGGGCGAUUGUCAAUGCGCCCAAGCUCAAAAUCAAGGAGGAGCGCGUCAUGGUGGUGCCCAAGAAGAAUCGCAUUCGAAUCUACGUUCCACCCGAGGCGCCGGACAAGGAGGGCGACGUGUACUACAAUCUCAAGGCGCUCAAGCGAGCUCUGCCUUCGAUUGUCGUCAAGGGCAUUCCGCAAGCUACGCGUGCUGUCAUUUCCGACGAAAAGGGUACGCGCAAGCUGCUCGUCGAGGGCUACGGUCUGCUCAAGGUCAUGACCACCGAGGGUGUGAUUGGAACGCAGACGCAUACCAACCACGUCAUGGAGAUGCAGGCGGUGCUGGGCAUUGAAGCCGCGCGCACCUCGGUGUACCGCGAGAUUGAACACACCAUGUCGGCGCACGGUAUGAGCAUCGAUCCACGUCAUAUUAUGCUGCUCGCUGAUACCAUGACGUACAAGGGCGAGGUGUUGGGUAUCACGCGCUUCGGCGUAGCCAAGAUGAAGGACAGCGUGCUCAUGCUGGCCAGUUUCGAAAAGACGACUGAUCACCUGUUUGACGCAGCGCUCUUCGGAAAGAAGGACGAGGUGCUGGGUGUCAGUGAGAGCAUCAUUAUGGGUAACCCGGCACAGACAGUAGGAACGGGUAUGCCAGCGUUGGUGGUUCCUGCACCGACGUUGCCACCGCGUCGAGCUCUGCUGUUCGAUCGAUAG